CCCCACCCCCGUAUCCCAUAGUGCUCCGCAGCUUUCAGGGUCACCGUAAUGGCUGAGACCAGAGGAAGCGGAAGAGGGACAGGAAGUGGACGUUAGGUAGACCCUGUGUUACCCAGAGAUUUGACGGGGUCCCCUCCCCACAGAGCUAGGGGUAGUGGCGCCCCUCCCCCCGGAUAGUUUCCAGGCACGAUCAAGAUGUCUGAGAAUCAGGGAAACAUCCCCAUCAACAACACCAAUGGAAACCGUGUGCGGACCCCCAAUCUGAACCAGAACCCCCUCAUUAACGUGCGGGAUCGGCUUUUCCAUGCCCUCUUCUUUAAGAUGGCGGUCACGUAUGCGCGCCUGUUCCCUGCCUCCUUCCGUAGGAUUUUUGAGUUCUUUGUGCUGCUUAAGGCUCUCUUGGUACUCUUCAUCCUUGCUUACAUUCACAUUGCAUUUUCCCGGUCUCCGAUUAACUGCCUGGAGCAUGUUCGAGAUAAGUGGCCUAGAGAUGGGAUUCUGCGGGUGGAGAUCCAGUUAAAUUCAAGCCGUGCACCUAUAUUUCUACAGUUUUAUGACGGUGACACCUUCCCUGGAUUAGUGAAGGAAUCACUUGCAGAGGAAGAUUUGGAAGAAGAUGAGGAGGAGAUGAGUAUGGACAUGUAUCAGAAUAGCUCUAUAAAGUUUCAACUUGACAUUGAACCAAAAGUGUUCUUAAAACCAUCACUUGAAAGUGUGACCCAGACUAAUGACAAUCAGAGCCAGGCCCUGUCAUUCAGUGAUGCUGCCAGUAAAGUGUGGCCACAAGAAGAAUACAUAGUGGAAUAUUCACUAGAAUAUGGAUUUCUCCGUCUCUCUCAAAGCACACGGCAAAGACUCAACAUCCCUGUUAUGGUGGUGACACUCGACCCAACACGAGACUUGUGCUUUGGAGACAGGUUUAGUCGUUUUCUGCUAGACGAAUUUCUUGGGUAUGAUGAUAUUCUUAUGUCAAGUGUGAAAGCCUUGGCAGAAAACGAGGAGAACAAAGGUUUCCUAAGAAAUGUGGUGUCAGGAGAACAUUAUCGAUUUGUCAGUAUGUGGAUGGCUCGCACUUCAUAUCUUGCUGCCUUUGUCAUCAUGGUUAUAUUUACUCUCUCAGUUUCCAUGCUCCUACGGUAUUCUCAUCAUCAAAUAUUUGUCUUCAUUGUUGACCUUCUGCAGAUGUUGGAGAUGAAUAUGAGUAUUGCAUUCCCAGCAGCUCCGCUGCUCACUGUGAUUCUGGCACUUGUAGGAAUGGAAGCCAUUAUGUCUGAAUUUUUCAAUGACACAACUACGGCCUUCUACAUUAUUCUCAUUGUGUGGCUUGCUGAUCAGUAUGAUGCUAUUUGCUGCCACACCAACACCAGCAAAAGGCACUGGCUCAGGUUUUUCUACUUGUAUCACUUUGCAUUUUAUGCCUACCACUACCGCUUCAAUGGACAGUACAGCAGCCUGGCACUUGUGACAUCCUGGCUUUUCAUCCAGCAUUCAAUGAUCUAUUUUUUCCAUCACUAUGAACUCCCUGCAAUCCUCCAGCAGAUUCGAAUUCAGGAAAUGCUCCUUCAGAACCAGCAGGCAGGUCAGAAUCAGACAAGCCUUCAAGAUAACCUAAAUAACAAUACUGCAUCUGAGCCAUCCAUUGUAAACCCCCCACCUGCCCCUGGACUGGCACUUCAACCAACUACAUCUAGUUUGGGUGCUGUAGGCGUGAUUUUAACUGACGCUAACUCGGGCAUGGGCAGUGCCGAAACAUCACCUAUAGAAGUUGGUACAUCUGGUAUAGCUCCACCGUCUGAAGAGUCAACUUGGGAAGCUGCUUGCAGUGAAUCUCCUGAACAAAGUACUGCAGAGGUGACACAGACUGGGGAUCCUCCUCCCAGGUUGCCAUCUGAUACACCUGGAAACAGCCCCCAGAAACUGAUUGAACCCAAAGUGGAGAAUGGAUCCCUUCCCUCAGACUGUAACCAAGGAUUUUUAGAUACCAGCGACAAUAAUUUACAGCAAAGAAAUUUCUCAUCACGACUGCUAACAGAAGCUAGUGCUCCACAGCCAAAUGCGCAUGAUGCAGAGCAUAUCGCUGUGGACUCCUGAACAGAGUUUCUUUCCCAAAUAUUCUUUCCAUACAACCUUCAUGUGGGGGACUAGGAGAAAUGUACUUCCCCCUAGCAAGGAGUGUAUGGAAGAUUUAUUCCUCUGCUAUUGGAGUCAGGGGCCUGCUGCACAUUCAGUCCAGUGCAUGCGUGUGUUGGUGUACACGCACUCAAACUUGACUGCAUUUGCUUUAGAUCAUUUUUAUUUUGCUGUUUAAGCUAAAUGCCACAAAAAAAGUCUGGGAAAAUACAGAU